AAAAAGAACCAAAAAAAAUAAUUUAGCUCUACACACCACAUGCUCCAUUCUAUAUAUCUCAACUACUCAAACCCAUUCUCUCUCAUUUUCAUCCACACACACACUCAUCAACAAUGGCUUCAUCUUCUUCUCUACUUUUCAUCAUUUCAAUUUCCAUCUUCUUCUCUCUCAUCUCACCCUCUCAUUCAGCUCUCUCCUGCGCUUCUCAGAAACUUCCAUCAAACCGUAAAUACACCAACUGCACAGAUCUCCCAGCUCUAAGCGCCACUCUCCAUUUCACCUACAACACCACCACCCACUCAGUCUCCGUCGCCUUCACCGCCGCACCGCCCACUCCCGACGGUUGGGUUUCAUGGGGAAUUAACCCCUCCGGCGGCCGCAUGGUGGGGACACAAGCACUCAUCGCUUAUAAACUUAACGGUAACGUUGGUGUCCACACUUAUAAUCUCACAUCGUACGGGGCAAUUGACGCCGUUAAGAGUCUCUCCGUUGAGACAUCGGAACUCGCUGCUGAAGAAUCUAACGGCGUUAUAACGAUAUUUGCCGUUGUUAAAUUACCGGAAAAGGCGGACAAUAUUAGUCAGGUAUGGCAGGUGGGACCCGUGGUGUCGGGGAAACCAGCUAAGCAUGACUUUAAGCCGGAUAAUCUGAAUGCCUACGUGGCGUUGUCUGUGGUGGGGUCCACUGAAGUUGGAGGUGGGAAUAGCACUACUCCUGGGAGUGGGAAUAGCACUGCUUCUCCGCCUGUUGGGCAAAAGAGUGGUGGGGUUAGUUUGUUGAUGGGGGGGAGAUUUUAUUUUGGGUUUGUUUUGCUUUUGUUGAGUUUUAUUACCAUGUGAUGAUAACUAGUGUUAUGUGAUCAUUCUUUUUCACUCUCCAACAAUAACUUUUUCUUUUUUAUCACCACUUUUCUCUUUUCUUCUUUUGCUUUGUUUUGGUUUUUAGUACUUCUCUCUCUCUUUGUAUUAUUUUCUUUUGAAUCAUGAUGAUAUUUUCUGAUCCCAAUCUGAUUAGAUGAUUUGUAAUUUUGUACCCAAGUUAGAAAUUCAGCUUUUACAUAUUACUUCUUU